UUGGUCCAGGCCGCGCAUGCGCUGAGUCUUCCUGUCGCUCUUCCCGCCUCCCCCUGCCCCUCUGUGUCUUCUCUGCACUGGGAGCAGCUCUCCAGCCACAGCCCCUCAUCCCCUGAAAAUGUACGCCUGUGCAAAGUUCGUCUCCACCCCCUUCUUGGUCAGGAGCACCUCUCAGCUGUUGAGCCGAUCACUGUCUGCAGUGGUGCUAAAACCACCAGAGACACUGACAGAUGAGGUACCUUAUAAGAGCCUCAGCAGCUUGGCAGCCCCACGUCCCCUAACCUCACGUAUUCCUAACCGCAGCUUCCAAACCAGCGCCAUUUCAAGGGACAUCGACACAGCAGCCAAGUUCAUUGGGGCUGGGGCUGCCACGGUAGGGGUGGCUGGCUCUGGGGCUGGAAUUGGGACUGUGUUUGGGAGCCUCAUCAUUGGUUAUGCCAGGAAUCCCUCUCUGAAGCAGCAGCUCUUCUCCUACGCCAUUUUGGGCUUUGCCCUCUCGGAGGCCAUGGGGCUCUUUUGCCUGAUGGUGGCCUUUCUCAUCCUCUUCGCCAUGUGAAGGAGUCGUCUCCACCUCCCAUAGGUCUUUCUCCCGUGUCUUGUCUGCCCUGUAUGUUCCUUUUCCUAUACCUCCCCAGGCAGCCUGGGGAAAGUGGUUGGCUCAGGGUUUGACAGAGGGAAGACAAAUAAAUACUGUAUUAUUAAGA